AUGAGUUCAGGUCCCUCGCAGCGCAUGUUCCAGCUCAAGCUCAACCCUUUAACCGGUAACUCUGAAUGGGUCAUCAUCGAUGAAGACCGCGACGAACAAACCUUCGACCAAUCUCUUCUCGCCACGACUUCGUAUCUGGACAUGCUCAAUGAUUCCACCAGAAACACUGCAUUUCGCCAAGCCAUUGAAAAAACCAUCACCAAACCUUGCCACGUUCUCGAUAUCGGUGCUGGAACUGGGUUGCUUUCGAUGAUGGCUUCACGAGCUAUGGGCGGGAAAGGAACCAUAACAGCGUGUGAGUCCUAUCUUCCUAUGGUGAAGUUGAUGAAGAAGGUUAUGCGGGUUAAUGGGAUUGAAGGGAGAAUCAAAGUUAUCAACAAGCGUUCUGAUGAACUCAUUGUUGGUCUUGAUAUAUCUUCACGGGCUGAUGUUCUUGUGAGCGAGAUAUUAGAUUCAGAAUUAUUGGGAGAGGGGCUUAUACCAACCCUACAACAUGCACAUGACAAUUUGUUGGUUGAAAACCCUCUGACUGUACCUUAUCGAGCAACUACAUAUGGACAGAUAGUUGAAAGCACGUACUUAUGGCGAUUGCAUGAUUUGAAUAGCAAUGAGGCUGGGUCAUAUGGUGGUGUUCAACUUGCCCCUCCUGGAUUUGAAAGUGUUUUAAGUGUAAAACGUCAGCAAUAUGCCAUGCAUUGUGAUUCAAUAGGAGAAGAACUGAAACCGCUUUCAGAACCCUUCAAAAUUUUUGAAUUUGAUUUUUGGAAACGGCCAGAGAGUUAUGGAGAAACUGAGCUGCGCAUAAAGGCAACUGUUGAUGGCAGAGUUCAUGCUGUUGUCUCUUGGUGGGAACUUCAACUUGAUCCCGAAGGGACAAUUUAUUAUUCCACUGCUCCUGGGUGGAUAAAAUCAACAACAGCUACAAGUCCUGUUGAUUGGCGUGACCACUGGAAACAGUGCGUUUGGUUUGUUCCAGGAAGUGGUAUAUCAAUAUUCAAAGGGGAAGAAGUUCAUUUACAUGCUACUCAUAAUGAUACCAGUAUCUCAUAUAAUUUAGAUCCCCAAGUGCCAAGAUCCGAGGUUUUGCAUAAUGGAUUAACGCCUGGAGAUUUUCAGCUUGUACUUCCGCCAGAAAGAGUUGCAAUCUAUGGAGACAAAGGAUGGAGGCUUUCAAUGUUGAAAGCAUUAGAGAAUGUGUUGCAGGGAAGAAGUCGCUCAUUAUGCUUGGUGGCAGAUGAUAGUGUGUAUUUACCUCUUCUCGUGGCAAAGCUUUCAGAAGCACCACAUGUAAUAUCCUCUUUGGGGCUGAAGGAUAGGGGACUCCAAUAUUUGCAAGCUGCUGUCCGUGCAAAUAAUCUGUCACCUAAUUGCAUGACAGUGGUUGAAAAAGGGGUGAAAAAGUUAACCAUGCAUGAUACAAACCAGAAAAAGGUUGACCUGUUAAUAGCAGAACCUUUCUAUUUUGGACAAGAUGGCAUGCUUCCUUGGCAGAACCUGCGGUUUUGGAAGGAUCGUACAACACUCGAUUAUAUCCUCUCUGAAGAUGCUAUAAUAGUUCCCAAUAAAGGAAUUUUGAGGGCUCGUGCCACCUAUCUUCCUGAUCUUUGGAAAAGUCGUUGCUGCUUGAGUAAGAUAGAAGGUUUUGACCAUUCUGGGGUAAACGCUACAUUAGGAGCGUGCGGUCAUUUACCUGAAUUGGAAGAGAGUCCCUGUCUACCUUUUUUCCUUUGGCAGUGUGGAGAAUUUGAUGUGCUUAGUGAAACAUUUGAUGUGAUGGAGUUUGAUUUCACAAAGCAAAUAGGCCAAUGUCAAGGAAAAUCCCAGGUUAAAUUCACUAAGACUGGAGUAUGUCAUGGGUUUGUGUUGUGGAUUGACUGGGUGAUGGAUUCGCAGAGUUCUGUUGUCAUAUCAACCGGUCCAGAUAAAAGAUACUGGAAACAGGGAAUAAAGCUUCUUGCAACACCUAGAACUGUAGGACCCCAAGAAUUGACAAAUCCCCGAGCAUGUAGUUCUGCAGCUCUUGAAGCAUUUUUUGAUCCAUCAAAUGGGGAACUCAAAAUUAUACUUGAUUUCUUAUGA